CACUCGCAGAGUUGUCAUGGCGUCUUUGGGACCGAAGCUACUGCUGCAAUUUAGCUAAAAUCUGUCGACAGCCUGUAAGUCGAAAUGGAGAAAAAUGCAAACCUGCAUCGAGACACUGACGGGAGCUCAUUGUGUGCCACGAUUGCGGGAGAAAUGGGCGACGUUACGGCUGUCGGCGGAGCGAAAGGGACAGCCGACAAAUGCAAGAAUAGUGAGGCUCCUCUCAGUACUUUGGUUAACGUUAGUUGUAAUAUCAGCACCACUAAUGUUGCUGCUCCCAGCGCCGUCAAUGCCAUCUCCAGUGCCGGGAAGUCGGACGUGCCAGAAGUGAUUGAAAUCCUGCCCGUGCAGGAGAAGAAGAAAGACGCCGAGGCGAGCGGCUCGUUGUCUGGGUCCGUGGAUCAGAUCAGUAACGGGAUGGGGCAUGACUCGGUGCUGGCUGCAGGAGACAACCGGGGUGGUGCCUCAAAGUUAGUAAACAACAAACCCGACGAGCCCUCCUCACCUCCCGCUACAGAGAGCACAGAUGCGCAGGCUGAGGUUCUGGCUUGUGGAGAAAGUGAACCGACAAAACUUGCUAAACCGACUCAUCUGUGUCCGGACAAUGCCAUCACAGCAAACGUCACGUCGGGUCUGUCCGGUGAUCACACCUUGUCGGAGGGAUUGCCGAGUGGGAGCGACCCCGAUCCCAGCCUCGGCGGAGAGUCCCGAAGCAUAGAUUCACUCGAGUCCUUCUCCAACCUCAACUCUUGCCCCAGCUCCGACCUGAACAGCGAGGGUCUGGAGGACAGAGGACUGGCUUUGGCCCUCCAGGGCGAGUACGGGGCUGAUGGGACAAAGACUUCGUGUGCUAAGGACCGGGCCGCCGGCCAGUCCAUAUACCACAUUAAGUGGAUCAAAUGGAGGGAGGAGAACACGCCGAUCAUCACCCAGAACGAGAACGGCCCCUGUCCAUUACUGGCUAUUAUGAAUGUCCUUCUGCUUGCAUGGAAGGUUAAGAUGCCACCUAUGAUGGAAAUUAUAACCGCUGAGCAGCUGAUGGAGUAUCUUGGCGACUACAUUCUGGAAACCAAACCCAAAGAGAUAUCAGAGGCUCAGCGGCUAAACUAUGAGCAGAACAUGAGUGAUGCCAUGGCAGUGUUGCACAAGCUGCAGACAGGUCUGGAUGUGAACGUAAAGUUCACAGGGGUGCGAGUCUUUGAGUACACCCCAGAAUGCAUCGUGUUUGACCUGCUGGACAUCCCUCUUUAUCACGGCUGGCUGGUUGACCCACAGAUGCAUGACAUUGUCAAGGCAGUGGGCAACUGCAGCUACAACCAGCUGGUAGAGAAGAUAAUAUCCUGCAAACAGUCAGACAACAGCGAGCUGGCAGGGGAAGGCAUCGUAGCAGAGCAGUUUCUGAACAGCACAGCCACUCAGCUGACCUACCACGGCUUAUGUGAGCUCACAUCCACCGUACAGGAGGGAGAGCUCUGUGUCUUUUUCAGGAAUAACCACUUCAGCACCAUGAUCAAAUACAAGGGCCAGUUGUACCUCCUGGUUACAGAUCAAGGUUUCCUGACAGAGGAGAAGGUCGUCUGGGAGAGUCUGCACAACGUUGACGGAGACGGCAACUUCUGCGACUCGGAGUUCCGGUUGCGGCCUCCUUCUGAUCCAGAGACUGUGUACCGCGGCCAGCAGGAUCAGAUAGACCAGGACUAUCUGAUGGCACUGUCACUGCAGCAGGAGCAGCAAAGCCAGGACCUUCAGUGGGAGCAGCUCCCUGAAGGCAUCAGUGACCUGGAGCUGGCGAAAAAGCUUCAGGAGGAGGAGGACCGACGAGCCUCGCAGUACUACCAGGAGCAAGAGCAGGAGCAGGCGGCAGCAGCAGCAGCAGCAGCAGCAGCAGCAGCACAGGCACAGCAGGGCCAGCAGGAGCCCGUGGAGGGCAGCGAGGUGGACCGGGGGGCUGCAGGAGCGGGUGGAGCAGCAGCCGGCGCUGGGCAGGCCGCAGCAGCUGGAGCCACACCCAGCCCGGGAAAACAGCCGUCGAGCGGGGAGCGCAAAGCCAAGAAAGAAUCGAAGGAUAAAGACAAAUGUGUUAUUUUGUAACAUACAGCGUGUCCGUGUGAGUGUGAGUGUUUUGUGCAUUUGCUUAUCUGUGAGAAAGGAGACGACAUUUGCGUCUCCAUGGAGUGGACACACAACGCGCAGCCCCCGCUUGACGACAAACAAGGGAAGGAGACGAUUGAGGAGAGACGUGACUAGCAGAGGAUUUGCUGUUCCCACACCACUGGUGCCUGCUAUCCUCUAUCCUCAGUGGAACCUGGAUAUCAGAGGAAGGGACGCUACAACAACAACAACAACUACCCCUUAUCUUUCAUAGAGUCGGCCAAACUUUGUUACAAGUUGCACAGUGCACUAUAUUUGUGAUGUGGGGUCAAGUUUAUCUGGGGUGGUAUAUUUUAUAGCAAAAGGAAUAAUCUGAAGAAACAAAACGUCACCCUCACACCAUGUUCUUUUCCAACAAAAAAUGAUUGCUUUCAUUCAUUUUUAAGUAGUGCAGCUUAUAAGCUUUUUUUUGUAUGCGUCAAUAGUUACAAAACAUAUAUAUAGAAAGAUCCACUUUUUUUUUUUUUGUCAGUUGUUGAUGCCAAGAUUCACGUUUUAUUUAUGUAUCUGAGUAACCGGUAGCUUGGACAGGUGUUAUUUUUUGUGGAAGCCGAAAGGGAUUUUCUCUUGCCUGUUGGAAAUGUUACACCACUUGCAUCCCCUCUGAAACACUAUGUACUAAAGGUUCAUUCACGCCAGAUAGCUGCCGGAUGCUGUAGCUAUGUUACAACAAUCAUCACAGCUUGCCCUGUUCAGAUUUGCCUUACCAGAGUAUGGCAGUGUUGUAUUCUGCUCCGUCUGAAUGUGAACGUGUGCUUCUUUUCAUGUGUGUGGUGCUAUGUGGUUUAGCGGCGUACGGUAUACAUGUCUCAGUUGCUGAGCAUCACUCGUGACAAGUUUCAGUUUGGAAAUAGCCAAAUCUUUUAUGCUGUAUUAGUUAAGCUACAAAUUUGGGACAUUUAAUGCUGUUUAUGUUACAUUAGAGACAGUCAAACUGAAUCUGAUGUUUCCGAGACACUAGAUUCAAUUUGUGUUAGAUGGUGUUCGAAAGACUCUUUACGUUCUUGCAGUCUCUUCUGGCAGCUUCCUGAAGAGAUGCAGUGUGUGUGCGUGUGUGUGUGUGUGUGCGUGUGUGUGCGUAUGUGUGCGUGUAUCAACUAUCAUGAUCUCCUUUGUUCUGGAUGUUUUUUCACUGCCACCAGGUUUUUAAGAGAAACACAACAGAAUUCAGUAAUAUAAUAUACAUUUGUGAACAUUUCACGCAAACCUGACUUUCAUUUCAAAUCUGUCACAUUAUUAUUCAAGGUAUGUAACGUGAGUUUCAACUGGGAAUACGCAAUGUUUGAUUUUUGCAGCUGUCAUGCAACUUAGGACAAUUGCCAAUACCAAUAUAUGCACAUAUUUUUUUCCCACCUGAUUGCAGUAGUAGAAUUAACAUAUUAUUACCAUGCCUGCUCUCAUUUGAGUCAAAUGUACGCCAUGUGUAUCUUUAGGUACUAUUUUUCAAUCAGUCGUAGAGGCUCAAUGUUCAUUUUGGAAUGAUGAUAUUUCCUUUUAUAGCCUUUAUGCCAAAGCCAUGUCAAUAUCAUCGUGCAUCCCCAGUUUCAACUCUAGUUACAGUAUUAUGUGUAGCUGUGUAGAUUCAAUACGUUCCUCCUUGUUCUGCACAGUUCUUCCUGGCUUAAUGUGAAAUACUUCUUUACUUUUCCAUAACCCCCCCUGUUAAUUUCAAAGCGGGGUGGAUUCUUCAGUUAAUAGAAAAUCUGGUCCACAAAUGGAGCUGCCCUGUGGUUGGGGUCGCAGGACGUACAUUACUGAAAUUCUGUGGUGUCGCUCUUAAACCUGCGUGCAUUUCACUGCAGCAUCGAGCAUGCAAACACAUGAUGUACAUAUUUACCUAAUGCAUUCUUAUAAUGGAUUUAGCUAGUGUUGAGUUUGUGCCAUUAUUGUACCAUGGGACUGCCUCCUGAGAAACUUUUCUAUCUAUACAUUCCAGUUGGAUGCCUUGACUCAAGCCUUCUGUUACAGACUGAGGGCGACGGUAAUCAUAGAAGGUCUUUGCCGUGCUUGUAAAGCCGUCUCCGUUGCUUUUGCUCAGUGAGAACUAACUGACAGAGCGAUUACAUGGAGGCAGCAGGCUACCUACUGUGUGGGAAAUCUUUCUUACGGGCUCCGUGUGAGGGCUGGAGGUUGAUCUCCGUGUUCGUUUGGCCCUAACAAGGCUGUGUUUUGUAUAUAUAUAUAACGCCUUACAGCAUUUCGACAUAUUUUAUAGGGCAAAAAGGAAACAGGCGUAUUUACCAGAAUGAGACAAUCCAUACGAUUUUUUCACACGAACAUCAGACUAGUACUCUCAGGCCUUUUUUGAAGGGACACAUCCUCGAGUGUCUUUUCAAACGGUAUGCUUUCUGAUGGCACAGUUCCUCGGCCUGUCGUCACUUUCUCAGUCACAGCUUUUAACUCUCUGUAUAUGUACACACACACACACACACACACAACUAUUUUGACACUUUCAAGGAUUUAACACUAUGUUAAUGAAGGCCCUCUUUAUCGGACUUCACACUAAAAAUGAAUUAGCUGCUUCUGAUAAAAAUGGAAACCUCCUUGGACAGGGUUGACUAUUGUUUAUUAUGGACACUUUUCAUUUACAGCUUAGCAUUUCUUUUUUCACACUAGAAUAAUAACAAAAGUUUAAAUCAUGAAGACAGAAGGGAGGCUUUCUGGCAACAUUCUGCUUUUUUUGUCAUUUAUCUCUCAGCCCAUCACAUGAACGCGCUGAUUAAACAUUCCAGUAAAAGUUGAAAAAGAGGAAACUUCAUUUUGGGAUUUUUGAGUUGAUUUUGGAAGAUUUUCUGUUUGAGUGAAAAGAGUGUGGAGUGACACAUGCCGCACAUUUUUAUGAUUAUUUCAGUUACUACUGUGCAUUGGCUUGCUAUUCCUAGUCAUUAUUACCAGAAUUUGAUUUUUUUUUUUUGUUGGAAAUGUGUUUGCUUCACCCUACUUCCUACGAUGAAAUUGAUCAGAAGGAUAUUGUGUGUUCAAUGUCUCAAAGUGGUUUCUUGUAUGCCUUGUAAAAGUGAUGGUGGGGUAAAUGCUGUACAAUUAGUAUUUUGACAAAGGUGAUCGUUGAACAUGUAGUUGUUGUAAUUGGUUUUGCACUGUUACAUUGAUAUGCACUAACAGAAAAGAAACAUACCUCAUUUUCUACAGAACAUAAAUUGUGCAAGAGUGCUAUUGUUUUUUUGGGUACCUUUUAAAAAAAACAACAAAAAAAACAAAACAUGGCCAAAAUAAUUUUGUCAUCUUGGUAGCAGUUGCUCUUAAGCCAGCUGAAUAAUAAUAAUAAUAAUAAUAAUAAUAAUAAUAAUAAUCUGUAAAAGUAUGAAAGGGCUGUUUAAAUGUUUUGGCAUCGAAUGAAAGAGUACAUUUGUUUAAAAGGUAGUACCACUUCAAUACAACUUGUUGCAAUUUGAUAUAUUCAGGUUAGCGGUGCACCUAUACCAGAGUCCAGGCUGCCAGUGCAAAGGCCUGAUUAGACGAGGAAGUUAUGGAUUACAGGAAUGGUUAGAUGGAUGUCAUUUGAAUUCUUAAAAGAGGUUUUCAAAGUGGGAAGGAUGCCCCUGCAGAUGAAUGAAAGUGAAAACAUAUUACAGUAGAUAUCAGAUAUUCUAAAUAUAUUAUCUGGAUGAAGAGAUAAAUUAGAUAUGCUAAAAUUUACUGCUUUUUCCCCAAAUUUCCAGUAUCAGAAGCUAAUAAAUGUCCCAGGACAGACCUUUUGUGGCAUUUGAUGUUACAUCAAACAGCUUUUUAGUAUUGAUGGAUUUAACCCUCCGGUUGUCUUCACUUAUGGGCACCCAAAAAAAAAUAUUGUUUCCUUGUCUGAAAAAAAUCCAAAAAUUCAGCAAAAAAAAUUCCCCAAAUUUCUGAAAAUUUGCAAAACCUUCAGGAGGAAAAUUCCAAUAAUUCCUUAAAAGUUUCCCUUAAAGGUUUAAUUUUUUUUUAAAAACUCCCCCAAAUUUGGCAAGAAAAUUCUUGCAAAUAUUUUCAAAAAAUGAGUAAAAAUCUUCCAAAACAAUCCUACAAAUAUCUGAAGUGAUUACAAGGAGGAAUGAAGGGGCACUGCUUUUCUAAGUUUUGUCUCAGACUUUGAAAACUUCCUGGUCGAACAGAAGCAGCUUUUCAAGACAGAGACUGGUGCUCGAACAUAUCAGCAAAAAAAUAAAACGGUGUAGGUGCACCCCUAAUUCAAGUAGUAUUUUUUCCAGUCUAGUCCAUCAUUCAACUACACAAUGUUCUCAAAGAUGGGUGAUUUGCUGAAACUAACGUACAAAAAAAAGAAAAAAAAUUAAGGGGAAUGGCUGCUUUAUAAGGCUUGAGUGUUGUCAUUAAUGUAGCAGAGGGAAAUGUUCAUUCUUGUUUGAGACACACAUCCAGAGUGCUGAACAAUCUAAAGGGAGAUCUUUUCUUUAAUGCAAUAUCAAACUCCCACCCAGAUUUUACAUUGUGAUGCAUGUAUAACGUGGACUGAAAAGUUUGGCGGCGUAAAUUUUUUUUUUUUUUUUUUUUAGUAAUAACUACCCUGAGACUAUAAUUUCCACUGAACGGCCUGUUAUGUUUAUAUUUCACAUAAAACGAACAAGCAAAAGGAACGUGUUUGUGAAUAUGGGAGGUUACUCAUUUGUGUUGAUUUCAAUGUUCAUCUAUUUACAUAAAUGACCAAAUAAUGUAUGUAGCCUUUCACAUUACAGUCACAUAUUGUAUAUGGUGAUAUAUAUAUAUAUAUAUAACAAAAUGCCUUAUAGACGAGGGACAUUCAACCUGAUUAGAAGUUACCAGGAUAAUAAAAGACUAAGAUCAAAAGCU